CGCGCAUCACGUCCGGCGUCCCCGAGACCGCGCCAUGCGGUGAGCGCUCGCCAAGGCCGCCCUCCCGACCCGACGCCCGGACCUGCCACCCCGCCCGGACCUCCGGCCAGUCCGGACCCGGUGAUUGGACCCGAUCCCCCACCCGGACCCGCCGCUCGGACCCGCGGUCACUCAAGAUGCCCCGAGGCAGUGCCCUCCUGCUCGCCGCCCUCCUCCUGGCCGCGGCCCUCUCGGCCACCCCGGGGCUCGGGUCGCCGGCAAAGGAGAAAAGAGGCUGGACCCUGAACAGCGCUGGCUACCUUCUUGGUCCACAUGCCAUCGACAACCACAGGUCGUUCCAUGAGAAGCAUGGCCUGGCCGGCAAGCGUGAGCUGCAGCCGGACGACGAGACAAAGCCAGGAAGCUACGACAGGCUGCUGCCUGAGAGCAGUGUCGUGCACACCAUCAUCGAGUUUCUGACUUACUUGCAGCUCAAAGAGGCCGGGGCCCUCGAGGACCUGCCCUCCGCCCUCUCAUCGGAAGACACGGAGCAGACCUGAGACACAGCUUGGCCUGGGCGUGUGGCUGCCACGACUGGAAGCCUGACUUUGAGAUGUGUUAUCUCGGGCCAUUUACGCAGAGCACGCCACUCCUGCCCUCUCUGCUUUAUACUGUGUUGUUACAAUUUCAGGUUUUUUCUUUGAAAAUUAGUUUAAGUGGCAAAAUAAAAAAACAGCAACUGCUUGCAAUGGUCUGGUUCUU